UUGUUCCAUCCUUGAAAAAGAACAGUUCAAAGAAAAAAUUAAAUGCCCCAAAUCAUCAUGACAUUCACGUACACGAGUGUAUGUAAACUUGUGACCACAAAUGUAUAGCCUCACACUGACUCUGGUUUACUUACAGGGAUUACAAACCCAGCGGAUUUUGAGGAGGAAGCGAUCCAUGAUCCCAACGGGGAGACUUUAACCUUGGAAGCCAAAAUGCAGCCUCUCCUGCUUGACUCCAUGACAAAAAGCAAAGAUGGUUUCCUUGGAGUUUCUCACAGCUCUCUGAGCGGGCUGCGGUCCUGGAAGAGCCCAGCAGUGCCUUCUUCGUCCUUCUCUGCAAGCCAGUUUAGGGUGUUCUUGCCCCCGAAGAACAAGAUAGAAGUCGGUGACACGUGGUGGGUGAUCCCCAGCGAGCUCAACAUUUUCACUGGAUACCUGCCCAAUAACCGUUAUCACCCUCCCACACCGAGGGGCAGAGAGGUACUCAUCCACUCCUUGUUGAGCAUGUUCCACCCUCGGCCCUUCAUCAAAACCCGCUUUGCUCCACAGGGCGCAGUCGCCUGCAUCCGAGCCAGCAACGACUUCUAUUAUGACAUUAUCUUCAGGAUUCAUGCAGAAUUCCAGCUCAAUGAUAUUCCAGAUUUUCCCUUCUGGUUCACACCAGGCCAGUUCACUGGCAAUAUUGUCCUUUCUAAAGACGCCUCUCACGUCCGCCUCUUCCACCUUUAUGUCCCCAGUAACAGGUCUCUGAAUGUAGACAUGGAGUGGCUCUACGGAGCCAGUGAGAGCAGCAAUAUGGAGGUGGACAUUGGUUACCUGCCACAGUUAGAGCUCCAGUCGGCGGGCCCGUCCACUCCCUCCGUCAUCACUGACGAGCAGGGUAAUAUUAUUGAUCGGCGUGACAGCAGCAAUGAGCCCAUCCAGUUUGUCUUUGAGGAAAUCCACUGGACCUCUGAGAUCAGUCAGGAGGAAGCUGCUCGCCGCAUGGAGGUCACCUUCUAUCCCUUUAAGAAGGUGUCCUACCUGCCUUUUUCAGAGGCUUUCGAUCGAGCCCAAGCAGAGAAAAAGCUGGUGCACUCUAUUCUGCUGUGGGGAGCUUUAGAUGACCAGUCAUGCUGAGGUUCGGGGCGAACUCUCCGGGAGACAGUCCUGGAAAGUUCGCCCGUCCUCGCCCUCCUCAACCAGAGCUUUAUAAGCAGCUGGUCUCUGGUCAAAGAGCUGGAGAACCUGCAGGCUGAUGAGCAAAACCCUGCGUUGAGUGAAAAGGCUCGCUUACACCUUGAAAAGUACAGUUUUCCUGUGGAGAUGAUGGUGGCUCUGCCCAAUGGAACCAUUGUUCAUCACAUCAAUGCCAACUUCUUCUUAGAUCAAACUGCCAUGAAACCCGAGGAGGAAGAAGCAACUUUCAGCUUCUCUGGCGGCUUCGAAGAUCCCUCCACAUCCACUUAUAUCAGCUUUCUGAAAGAGGGCUUGGAGAAAGCCAAGGAGUACCUGGCACAGUAAUGUGUUUGAGCUUAACCAGACUGGGCAAAUGAUCCAAGAUUAGGAAAACCUACCAAGCAUCUGGUGGCGUUCCUCUUCUGUGUGUGUUGGCAGCUGGAAACAUUUUUGCCUUCUGUACUCUUUGCUACUAUUUAUUUGGACGACUCUCUUGGUUAAAAAAAAAAAAAAAGUUUUAUAUAGUAUUUGUAUUGUGACAAGUAGAAAUCCAAAGGCCUUCCACGCUGAGCAGGAACAAAUACAGUAUGUCACACAUUUAGACUUGCUCUUUAUCCUUGUAGCUGCUGAAUAACUUAGCUAUAAGAUAUAGAUGGAGGCCUACCAAGUCCCAGAUUAGUGUCAGUACCAUUCUUUAGUGCAUUACAUCCAGUAUUGUAUUCAGUAUUUCUUCUUUUAUGUGGUGGUGUUGCAUGUGCAGUAUUUAUUGACUGAGCUUCUCUGCUGAGUGUACCCAGAGACGGAGCUGCUGUUGUUGUUUCCUCCAGCUGUGUUUCUGCAGUUAGUGAAGGCUUUGCCUGAAAGCUCUCCCCGAGCUGGGUAACGCCUGAUGUUCUUGUUGAGGCUGCUGGAGGGAAACACCCUUCUCUGACUCGGGACAAAGGCAUGAAGAGGAACUUAGAAACUGGACUGGAGAACGUAAAAUGAAUGAAUCAGACGUUUUUCCCAUAUAGCUUGUGUUUAAAACCAAAUGUUACAAUCUAUUCACAGAACGAUAUGACCACACCAAAGAACUUCUCUUUUACUGUGUAAGCAGAUGAAUUUGUUAGGCUGCUUUCCUAUUAUGGCUCAUAUCUGUGUAAAUCAGGGUGAAAAACAGUUGGAUUGUUUCUUUAGUGAGGAGCAAAUAAUUUCUCUGUCUCUCUUCCCAUCGUAUAAACAGAACAGUUGGCAUCUUCAAGUCCUAAUUUCA